GUGUCUGAUUUUUUAGGGCGCAUAUUGUUUUUUUGUGAUUCUUGGACUAAAAUUACCGUAAUUAAAAAAAACAAGGAUUGUGGUCAAUUAAUGAUUUAUUGGCGUUAGAAUAAAUAACUGUGCGGGGGUUGAUUGCCGGCUCUCUAUUUUACCAAACCGAAAAAUCAUUGCCAACCCCCCAGUGCGAAAAUCCGAAAAUAAAAAUUUGUGACAUGUGUUUUACAUAAUUUCGUGGAAAAGACUGUGUUAGGUUGACCCAAUAAUGCCUUGAUUAGUCUUCCAAAAAAUGGCUCGUAAAAGCCAUGACCCUGUUUCGAGUCAGCUGAGCAACACUCAGAUCGUCCUCACUAGUCUGUGUGCGGGCGCCAUAGCGGGGGCCCUCGCCAAGACCACGAUAGCCCCCUUGGACCGCACAAAAAUCAACUUCCAGAUCAGCAACAAACCCUAUUCAACUCGCAAGGCGUUCAAGUUUCUGCGACAAACGUACCACCAGCACGGGUUUCUGGCCCUAUGGAGGGGCAACAGUGCCACCAUGGUGCGCAUUGUGCCCCAUGCCGCCAUCCAGUUUACCGCACACGAACAGUGGAAGAAAAUUCUCAAUGUGGACAAUACAAACAAGUCCCCCAGGAAAUUGUUCCUGGCGGGGAGUCUCGCGGGGGCCACUUCGCAAUCUCUCACCUACCCACUUGAUGUGGCGAGGGCUCGAAUGGCUGUCACGAAUAAGCAGGAAUACGCGACUUUGAGACAAGUUUUUUAUAAGAUUUUUUACGAAGAGGGAAUCACAGCGUUCUAUAAGGGGUACAUACCCACCAUUGCGGGGGUCGUGCCCUAUGCAGGGGUCUCGUUUUUUACUUAUGAUACCUUGAAAAUGCUCUAUAGAGAAUAUACGAAUUUAGAUUGUGAUGCUCGUUUAAAUCCUGUCAUUAGUCUCGGUUUUGGGGCUAUCGCAGGAAUGUUGGGUCAGUGUAGUAGCUAUCCGUUAGAUAUUGUAAGAAGACGAAUGCAGACUGAUACUCAAGGAAAAUAUAAUUCAAUUAGAGCAACUCUUAAAAUAAUUUAUAAGGAAGGAAUAAUCGGGGGUUUUUACAAAGGUUUGUCCAUGAACUGGAUCAAAGGCCCCAUCGCGGUUGGAAUAAGCUAUUCCAGCUACGACAACAUAAAAAACACGUUACGUCAAUUAACAGCGAAAUAUAAUAGAAAGUUUUUGUAGUAAUUUUUAUAUAUUAUUGUAUUGUUUGUUAUCGGAAUGUUGAUUAUUUAACAGGAUUUAUACAUUUUGUUACACUGGAAUAAAAAAAUGGAAAAGUGUG